CAGUGAGCUAUAUCCCCAGUCCCCUAGGGUAUUGUUUAAACAUUACAGUUUGAAAUAGAGAAGGUGAAGUAGUCUUGUGAGUUUUAAAAAAUGGUUUCUGAAUAAAGUUGGUUAAUUUAGGAUGUGAUAAAUGGUAGUGCCACUGUAAAAGUAAUGUGUGUGUUUGUUUUUUUAGGAAAUCAUGAAUCAGGCAGAUAAAAAUCAACAAGAGAUCCCAUCCUACCUUAGUGAUGAGCCACCAGAAGGUUCCAUGAAGGAUCAUCCGCAGCAGCAGCCAGGCAUGCUGUCCCGUGUGACUGGGGGUAUCUUCAGUGUUACCAAGGGUGCUGUCGGUGCCACCAUUGGCGGUGUGGCUUGGAUUGGUGGAAAGAGUCUGGAGGUGACCAAAACAGCUGUUACAACAGUGCCUUCCAUGGGAAUAGGGCUGGUGAGAGGGGGCGUGUCUGCUGUGGCUGGAGGUGUCACAGCGGUAGGGUCUGCCGUUGUCAACAAAGUGCCCUUGACGGGAAAGAAGAAAGACAAGUCUGACUAAGCUAUGGAGGUACACUUGCUUUCCACUGCACUCUGAUGCCAGUGGCACCGAGUCACUACGUUACGGACUACAAUGUCAUCACCUGUUCCGGAUGAUUAUCUUCUGACUGCUGUGUUGAAAGUAUUGCUGACUGGCUUUCAGCUAG